AUGCAUUCGCUUAUAAAGCUGGCGGCUUCGUGCCUGCUUCUCUUUACUAUAUCCUGCAAUGCACUGCCACUAAUCUCAUCCCGCGACAUCGAGCCUCGACGAGAUUCCCAACCGAACCACUCGUUGGCUGGAGACGAGGUUGCGUCAGCGUGGACGAAGAUUUUAUGCCAGCCUAGACUUCCUAGAGAUAGCGCAGGCGAGAUAGCAGCUACCUUCGAGGAAGAACUCGCGGGUGACCAGAACCAGAACGACGACCAGAUGAUCAUAAAAACCGGAAACGAGGCGCAAGAUGCUGAUACCAAAGCCAUCACCCGGAAUAUAAAACCGAGCUAUACGCCUUCGGUAGCUCCCUCACAGACAUCCGGAUAUUCCCCUGGCGCAUCCGGGGUCAUCGCUAACUCCCGCGACUACGACUUUCUCCCAGAUGAACUCAACGGAUAUGCUAGAAGCAGCACUGGAUGUCCCCUCAUAGCCAACGAGUCCAACAGCAUAGCGCACGGCCGUGGUCGUAUUGAAUUUCUAACACCAGGAAUAAUAAUCACAGGCGUGGUUAUCCUUCUCCUGGUUACCGUUGCAAUCUUCGAUUUCAUGCAGUGGAUUCGUCUCUACCGUCGACGAUUACGAUCAAAACAACGUCGAAGAUCAUCCGUGACUGUCUUCAUCAUCGGCGAAAAGGGGGACAACAACCUCACAUACUGUGACGACGACGACUUCCGCGGUCGAAAAGACAUCAUGAAUGUAUGA